AUGAGUUUAGCAGAUGGAUCUGAGCUGGUUUCUUGCGAGAAGGACGGGAGAGAUUCUGUAGGCUCAGCAUCUGAUUUGCAUGGACGCGCAGUGGAUGAAGACAGCGAACAGGACGAACAGCGAAUGGUAGCGCGACGACGCUUUAGCUAUGAGAAUAUCGACGGAGUUGGUGAUGAUGCGAGCAGCGAUAGCCGUGGCAGAACAGACCAUGACAGUACUGAUGAGAUUAGUAAGAAUGAAGAAGAAUCAUCGUAUGAUGAGUUUAAUGGCGACUGCGAGUCAUCACAGCACACUGAUGUAGCUGGCGGUACAAGUGACGAUGAUGGCGUUGGAAGUCGACCUCUUCUUGAAGAUGAUGCUCUCGAUGACGAUGAAGAGGAAAUUUUUGACGGAGUUUCGAUUUCACAAGAACAGCAGCUGCAAGAUGCCACUAAAUCUUUGCUGAUUGAUGCAAGUUUUGACGCUACCGCCUCCAGAAAAAAUACAAACCCGUUUCUUGUUUCUGCCUCGGAUGAGACUCCUAAAAUUUCUCCAGUAUUGCCACCUGUUGUUGCAUCUACGAGCUGGGUCGAGAAUGAAACUAUGGCCAGUGUUUCAUCUGGUUUUGAUGAAGUGCAAACAACCUUCUUUCCCCCC